AUGUCGUUUCAGCGUCUUAUCCGUUUCGUCGACGACAACGACGUCGAGCACUUUGGCGAGCCCGAGAUCCAGAACGAGACGCAGCUCACCGAGCUUCUUGAGAAGAAUGAGCUGUGGGCCGUCGCUCUCGAUGGUGCCAGUCCUGUCUCGCCCCUCACCAAGGGUGACCGUGUCCAUGUCAAGGCUUUGCGACCUCUCCUUGCACCGAAAGAUGUGCCUAUUAUCAGAUGCAUCGGGUUGAAUUAUGUCAAGCAUAUCAAGGAGGGCGGCCGUACACCACCACCGUACCCAUCAGUAUUCAUUAAGCCCGCGACAUCAGUCGCCUCUUAUAAUGAGGAUGUGCCUAUUCCAAAGGUUGCCCAAGACGGUACGGUCGACUACGAAGGCGAGCUGGCAUUCGUAAUUGGCAAGCCGGCAAAGAAUGUCGCCAAGGAGAAAGCUUUGGAGUACGUCGCCGGUUACCUCACUGCAAACGACGUCUCGGCGAGAGCAUGGCAAAGAGACUCCGCCAAGGCCGGAGGUGUUCCCCAAUGGUGCUUCAGCAAGGGAUUCGACAAGUUCGCCCCGUUGAGCCCGAUGCUGGUGUCUCCCUCUGUCGUUGGAAACGCAAGCGAUCUUCUUUUGCAGACUUUUGUCAACGGAGAGGAGAGGCAACAUGAGAGCACGGGUGACCUGCUCUUCGGUGUCGAGGAAAUCGUCAGCUUCUGCAGCCAGGGUACGACGCUCGAGCCCGGAACCGUUAUCCUGACUGGAACGCCAUCGGGAGUUGCCAUGGGCAUGAAGCCGCCUAAGUACCUGAACGAUGGUGAUGUUGUUGAGGUAAGGAUAAGCAAGCUUGGUGGUGUAAAGAACAAGAUGGUCUUCGAGUAA